CACUCCCAGGUUCUCAGCGUUCAAGCGGCGUGAACAGCUCAGUCGACGCACAAGAAGAAGAUUUCAGCCUCCAUUGCACCCGCAUAUGGUGCAUGAAUUCAUCGCGAGAGGUGCGGAGUUCCAGCGAUGGUGUUUCAUGGCCUCAUGGUUGUGGAGCGGUCUUCAUCGCGCCUGCUCUCCCAAUGUGCCGUCACGCCAAGAUUCGGGCUGCCCAUGGCGGGCAAGUCGGAGGAAUGUGCACGAGAGGGUGAUGAUGCAGAUGCCGCCGGCGAGGACCCUUUCAUGUUUGCUUUGAGGCUAUCGGGACGGCUGCAGCUUCUCAUCCACUCUGGUAAGCCGAGAGAAGGAAGAUCCAUACCGAAGUGACGUUGCAACCCAUCUUCGUCUUUGCUCUCAGGUGUGUCGUCACUUCAGCUAUCUUCGACGGUCACGGUGAACAUCGUCGGCCUCGACAUCACCCACUCACCCGAUCCGCCCCACACAGCGGCGACCACCACCACCCCAACAGAGGACUCAUCUCCCCUCGUCGUCCUCAUCUUCGCCCAUCCGACCUUCCCCCUGUCAGUGGCUCUCGCCAUCAGCAGGGCGUAUGUGCAGCAGUACGGGAGGGUGAAGCAUCUGGAUGGAGGGCAGGACGGGGGUGAAAGCGAGAGGGGACAGCCUGUGGCAUUGCGGUGGCGUGGGGCUCCCCCGAAGGACCAUGUGAUGGAGCAUGUUGUCAGGCAGGUGAGUGGAGGAGGGGUGGGGAGUCAACAUGUACAUCCAUCUGUCUGUCUAUCACGUCAUUGGCAGAGUCGGAAUGUGUUCCUCUCCUGGAUGCAUCGGCAAGCGGCAUUGCUUACCCAGCCGCCGACGUCCCCUCUUCCCUCGAUGCUCCUCUUUGCCCUUCCCCCAUCCAGCCUCCCAACCGCCCCAUCCGUCCCGCCAACAUCACGGAGAUCCCCCCUUCGCUGCCUCUGCUGCCUUCCAUUGUCCGUAUGUGGCUGUCGUCGGCGGCGGGAGGCGAAAGAGAAGGUGCCCGAGACGAGAGAAGAGGAGCGGCAUGUUUGGGUGAGGCGGUCGGACUCGGCGGACUUGUCACCUGUACCGCCUGGCCUGACACAGCAGUGGACAGAGGCCUUGAUGGCUGAGCGGACUGGUGAUGGCCCCUGGACCACUCAUGCCGUCCUUCAGCCAGCAGCAACAGCAAAGGAGGCACCUUCGGCAGCCACCGUCCAAUCACAGGGCCAGGAGAAAGCUGGCGAUCGCACCAAGCAAGCCAAGAGGCGGCCAUCGUGGUCGAGCUGGCUGUCCGUCGUGCCGUCGGCGAAGGCCAAGAAGGCGCAGCGAAGGAGGCCACGCAAGAGGUCGGCAAAGGUGUCUUCGGUAGUGGUUGACGGCCAUGAUGCUGGCGAGGUCGAUGGUGGUGCCGAUGCUGAGGCGCCUGCACCACGGGUGGUGUGGGGGGAUGGGGCUGGUGACGAGACCGCAGCAGUCGAGAACAAGCGCCCUGCGGCAGUGAGGCUGCGCGUGGUCGGCAUGAACAGGUGAGAGACCAGACAGAUGGAGGGCACGAGCAUCUGAAUGCACUUGGCUUGGCUUUUGUUGUAUGCAUGUCUGGAUGCAGUGUUGCCAUCGCCGUACCAGAGCCUGAUCAUUCAGGGGCAGACCUUGGUGCGCUGAAAGAAGACUCCGCUGUGAUGGAGCUGACGACCAGCGUGCCAGGGGAUGGCAGCGACGAGCAGAAAAGACAUAGGGGCGGUCGGUGUGUGUCUGUGGAGUGCAUGGCGCUGGCUCUGCGGCCUGCUCUAGAGGUGUGGGAUGCCUUCGAGAGGCAGAUGGGCGUGACGUGUACAUAGAGGUGGACAGGCAGGGCCCGAGACACUAGUGCCGGUUGUGUACAGACAAACUCAUUCA